AUGGUUGAUGGUGUGUUUCAGGACGGACCCAAAGAAGAGUGGCACGCCUGUAACGUCAUUACCUGCGGUCGUAAGAAAAAAGGCAGCCUCUCAUUGGCUGUCGACGGACACCCGGAGCAGAUCGCUCUCCUCGGUGCUGAAAUCGCAGCCCGUCGUGACCAUGUAAACGGCGAUGAUGCCAAACGGACCAUGGCUGAUGCUAUGGAGAUGAUGAUCCUCAGCAUCUUAGCUCCACAGCUCCACUGUGAAUGGAGACUGCCCAGCCUGGAAGUGGCACUGCUUACAUCGGCAGUCUUCAUCGGGAUGAUGAUCAGCUCUUCUCUUUGGGGGAACAUAUCUGACAAAUACGGCAGAAAGACAGGUCUGAAGCUGAGUGUUCUGUGGACGAUGUUCUACGGCCUGAUGAGUGCUUUUGCACCUAUUUACGGCUGGAUCCUUGUCCUCCGUGCACUGGUGGGCUUCGGCAUUGGAGGGGCACCUCAGUCGGUGACACUGUAUGCUGAGUUUCUGCCUAUGAAGUCCAGAGCCACAUGCAUCUUGCUUAUUGAGAUAUUUUGGGCACUGGGCACUGUAUUUGAGGUCCUCUUAGCGAUCCUGGUGAUGCCCACUCUGGGCUGGCGCUGGCUGCUCGGACUUUCUACCAUUCCUCUCUUCAUUUUUGCCAUUCUGUGCUUUUGGCUGCCAGAGAGUGCUCGAUACGACGUGCUGACCGGGAAUCAGGAAAAGGCUCUGAACACACUGAAACGCAUUGCCACUGAGAACGGAGCACCCAUGCCACUGGGAAAACUGAUUGCUGCCAGACAGGAAGAUCGUGGGAAGAUUCGAGACUUAUUUUCAUCUCACUUCCGCUGGACCACAGUCCUGCUGUGGUUUAUUUGGUUUGCGAAUGCUUUCUCUUACUAUGGGCUGGUGCUGCUCACCACAGAGCUGUUUCAGGAGGGAGGCGCAUGUGGAAUGUCCAAAGGUAAUAAGGAGGAGCUCCGAUGCAGCUUAGAGUGUAAAUACCUGAAUUCUGACGACUACAAAGACCUGCUGUGGACUACGUUAUCUGAAUUCCCAGGACUGCUGGUGACGCUGUGGGCUAUCGAUCGAUUGGGAAGGAGGAAGACCAUGGCACUGUGUUUCUUCGUUUUCUCUAUUAUUAGUUCACAUUUUAACACGGUAAAGACCCAUGGAAAAUGCAGGUAA